AUGGCCCGGCGGAGCCCGCCGCGCAGCGGGGGCGGCGGACACGACUUUGAUGCCAGGAAGAAAAAGAAAGUGGCUGAGAUCUACCAGGCCCUCAGCAGUGACCCCAUCGACGUGGCCACGCUGCGGCGGAUGGCGAUCAGCGAGGGGGGGCUCCUGACCGACGAGAUCCGCUGCAAAGUGUGGCCGAAGCUGCUCAGUGUGAACACAGAGGACCUGCCCCCCCUGCCAGGAAAGGAGCUGCGGGAGGACAAUAAGGAUUACCAGCAAGUGCUCCUGGAUGUGCGACGAUCCCUGCGCCGGUUCCCACCAGGAAUGCCGGAUGACCAGCGGGAAGGUUUGCAGGAGGAGCUCAUCGAUAUCAUCCUGCACGUCCUGAAGCGCAACCCGCAGCUGCACUACUACCAGGGCUACCACGACAUCGUGGUCACCUUCCUGCUGGUGGUGGGGGACAGGCUGGCCACGGCACUGGUGGAGAAGCUCUCAACGCAUCAUCUCAGGGAUUUUAUGGACCCAACGAUGGAUAAUACCAAGCACAUUUUAAAUUACCUGAUGCCCAUCAUAGACCAGGUGAACCCUAAGGUGCAUGACUUCAUGCAGAGUGCGGAGGUGGGCACCAUCUUUGCUCUCAGCUGGUUGAUCACCUGGUUUGGGCACGUCCUGUCCGACUUCAGGCACGUGGUGCGAUUGUAUGACUUCUUCCUGGCCUGCCAUCCCCUGAUGCCCAUUUACUUCGCUGCUGUGAUCGUGCUGUACCGCGAGCGGGAGGUUCUAGACUGCGAGUGCGACAUGGCCUCUGUGCAUCACCUCCUAUCCCAGAUCCCACAGGACCUUCCCUAUGAGACCCUCAUCAGCAGAGCCGGGGACCUCUUUGUCCAGUUCCCACCCUCGGAGCUGGCCCGGGAGGCAGCCCAGAGAACCGCAGCAUCCACGUUUAAGGACUUUGAGCUGGCCUCAGUGCAGCAGAGACCGGACACGGUGCUGAGGCAGCGCUACCGGCAGCGCCUGCACACCGAGGACAGGACGGACUCCAUCCUGGCCAAGCCCAGGACCAACCGCUUUGUCAAGCUGGCAGUCAUGGGGCUGACGGUCGCGCUGGGAGCCGCUGCCCUGGCCGUGGUCAAGAGUGCCCUGGAGUGGGCCCCUAAGUUUGAGCUGCAGAUCUUCCCCUGAUGCCCCAGGAAGGGCUUGGCCCUGGCCCCAUUGCCGCACGCACCCCAUGGUGCUUGGAGCAAGGACGUGGCUGGAAGUGACCUGUCCAUGACUGGGUUUAUCAUUGCUGCAUCCAGGGAUGCUCUUGGCCUUGCAGCGGAGACCGAGGGGAGCCAGUCCGGCAGGAUUGGACCCCACAGUGAUGCUCACCCUGUUCUCUCCUCCCCGGGCAGGGCUGAGCACGCAGGCGCUGCCACCACCUCGUGAGGAAGAGGAGUUGGGAUGAGUCUGGCUCUUGAGGCUGCACCCAGGUGACUGUGGGGCAGGGAGCAGUGUGGGAGCUAUCCCAGAAUGAUCCCUGUGGGGUAAUGAGGUGGGAGCAAGGCCAGAUCCUCGCCUGGAGCAGAGUCUCACUUGGCUGGGGGGGGGUUACACUCCUGAGGCA